UGAACCUCUCGUGAUCCUCCAUGGUCCAAAAAAAUAAGUACGUCUAAAGAUAUAUUCGAACUCAAAAUACUGUCAUUGACGGACAUCAAGCAUGUUUUCAAUCUCCACUACUUGGCUGUAUACCCGACCAAAAGAAAAAAAGAUUACCUUGAGCUUGUUUUCACUUUUAAUCGACAUGGACGAUCCCAAUGCAGACACUGAAUGGAACGAUAUUCUUCGCGCCAAAGGUAUUCUCCCUCCCAAAGAUGAAAAGAAAGAUGAUGAACUCGAAGAUGCCUUUGUCGAGAUGGUUCGCGCUAGACAAGCAAAACUAGAUAGCCUUGACAACAAAGAUCUCGAUGAACUCGAUGAACUUGAAGAUCUCGAAGACGAUCAAAUCUUGAACGAAUACAGACACAAGCGUAUGAUGGAAAUGCAAGCACAGGCCGCAAAGGAAAAAUAUGGUGAUAUCAGAGAAAUUUCUAAACCUGAUUUUGUUCGUGAAGUGACAGAAGCCAGCAAGGAGUGCUAUGUUGUUGUGCAUUUGUAUAAAGAUGCCAUUCCUGCUUCCAAGUUGAUGCAUCGUUGUUUGACUGAAUUGGCUCUUCAAUUUAAAGCUACAAAAUUUGUUCGCAUUGUAAGCGACCAAUGUAUACCAAACUAUCCUGAUUUCAACGUGCCUACAUUAUUGAUUUAUGGUGAAGGUGAUAUCAAAGCUAAUUUGGCGGGUGCUAUUCAAUUUGGUGGCAUGAAAAUGACAACCAAAAGUCUUCGAGCCAUUCUGGCUAAAUAUGGAGCUGUUCCUCCCGAGAAAUCAGAAAAUGAUGAUGAAAAGAACAACCAGCCCAAGAAAGCUAUUUACCAGUCAAAAUAUACUGCUGCGCUUAGCAGUGAUGAAGAAAGUGAUGAUGAUGAUAAGGGUUAUUAUUAAUAAAAACACUUACUUUUAUUGGUUGAUUCGCGCCAAAGCAAGUGACUUGGAUAAAAUAUGUACAUAAAAUAAAAUAUACAGAAGCG